AUGUAUGACUCCUACCGUCCCCACCCUCUCCUCGCCCAGGUUCCUUUGACCGUCUCACCCUUCAUCAACCUCCCCACCUCCGUCACACUCCCAUACACCUACAAAUCCGUCUCCUCAAUCCUCCCACCAUCAGUUACCGUCGACCCAAGUAACCCCAAUAGCCAAGCGCGCUAUGUCGUCUCCUCUAGCGGCGAGCAUGCAGCCCACCCAGAUGACAUUCUAGCCGCGUGUCAAUCUCUUGAACAACACCUAAACAAGACGCGCACGGAUGCCGACGAAGCCAUCAAAGCGUGGAAGGAGUCAAUUCAGCAGCGUGAAUUGGCCGAGAAGAGACGCGUUGCACCAGGGUGGCUUGAUCGCGAGGAGAAAUUGCUUCAACCUAGUCGCGCCAGUGCCUCCCUCGGUAUUCCAGGUGAGGCUCAGCCGAGCCUGCUCGAUAGCUCUACCUCUGACCAGGGGUCUUCUCAGAUGCCGACCAUGGUGCCACAUGAUGGGGGAGAGGAGCUGGAUAGAGCGUUUGGCGGCUUGGGUGUGAAAUGA